GAGAAUGUUCGGCGGGCGCAUCCUGUUAGAAUGCGCUACUUUUCUUUUGCUAUCUUCAAAGAACUUGCUGACCUUGAUGAUGUUGUUCUUGAGAGAAGUUGCCACUUGUCCAGUAUUAUAACCCGAAAUUGGUCCAUCUCGGACCAGUGGGCGAGCGAAUGCGGCGUAUUGCUGCUGCCCUCCCCACAGGAAACCCCAAACCCCUUGAGCAUCUCCUCUUCUCCAGUCACUUCAAUGGAACCAUCAGGGCAGUCAAAGACUUGGUGCUGUUGCAUUAGUUACCCAUCACCUCGUCGAGCAUUGAAAAGGUCCAUAUUCAAAAGCUGAGUUCAUAUCCAGCAACCUUUACAAGCUCAAACAACCCUAGAACCCACUUCCGCCGCAGCCCUACCACAUCCCAGCAUCGACAACUCCAGAUGUAGAUCACACCGCAGAUGGCAGGCCAGUCUCUUGGAACAUUGUAAUGAUGAAGUAACUACUAGCCCCCGUUGGAACGGUGUAACGGCGAGGGAAUUGCGCUCCACGUAUUGAAAUGGGGAAGGGUUAGGAAUGGUGGAGGGGGAAAUCAAUGAACGCCAUUCUCUAUGGAGGGAUUUGACGCUCAGAUUUACCGCGAAGUCGGCAGUCGGACAUGAGGUCGCAUAUGCGAUGUGGUUGUCUGGAGCAAGAACACAGACGAUAGCAGCAUUAAACAGACCGAAGAAAAUUCAGACAAAACCCCUCAAGGGCAACAGAUCCUAGCCAGAUGGGAACAUGGCCGAAACCACCACCUACCCCAUCCAACGAAAUAAUUGUAUCUCAAUCAAUCAUACUCGGUGGAAUGAUGCAGUCCCUUAGUGGUGCCCCCCACUUCCCUUGUUCCUUUCGCGCUUUCCCUACUUUUUCCAACCAUUGACUGGAGCUUCACAGAGGGGAUAGGCCCAAUAGAGCAGUACUCAGGACUACAAUAACAAUUGUCCUCAGGAUGGAAUAAGAAGGCCUCAUGCUGUAGAUGCCCUAAGGGACACAAGGAGUGGAGAAAAUCAUCAAUUGAUAGAGAUAGCUAAACAAGUUUACAUAACGAUAGGGCUAGCGACCACUGACUGAGCAGUCAACGGGGGCGGAAAGAGAAAAAGGAAAGCUUGCAAGAAAAAGGUGUGCAAGUGAGAAGCCAACUAACUGCUAAGACUUCAGUAGAUCAGGAGCGCAGCCUCUCUUUCAACACCCAGCAAUAAGACCAACAUAACAACCUGCUCCCCAACCCUCUCAUCUGGAUAAUUCCAAGGUUUUAGCACGUCUCUUAGAUAGAUAGGUUGGACAUAGUCAUUUGAUUGGCAGAGCUUGCUUGGUCUUUACGUAUCUUGUUGCCGCCUUGUCAUUGUUGCUCAGUGAGUCGCGAGUGUUAGCUUGAUGGCACUGGUUGUGCAGCCGGAAGAAUGUGCCUUGAAGCAAAGUUCGAGUGGAACCCCCAUUGUCCAAGGCCUCAGAUUGCUCGUGGUCCAUAUUUGCUGUCAAGCUGCCCUGAAUUAUCAAGCAAGGAUUAUGCUAAUUUUGAGCUGUUCUCAUCCAAUUGACUUAAUAAUAGCCUUCAAGGUCAAAAUCUCCCUGAGGCAGAAGGAUCCGAAAGUCCGGGAGGCGUUUCGAGGAUUGGGGCUAGAUGACUAUGGAGAGUCUGAACAGACACCAUGGGCACCAGCAGCAACACCCCAGUACCCGAUGGGCGAUGAUGACUCGACAGAUUUUGGUGACUUUGUGAGCAAUGAGGGUCAGGAAACUGACCUUGAAGAGGUUGCCGCGCCGUGGUACAAGUAUGAUGUUAAGGACAUGCCACAUGUUUACUGUCCUAUUUGUCUUGGAGAAGUGCUCAAUGGGAGAUACCUGAUUGAGCAUAAACUUGGUGCUGUCGGCUUCUCCACCGUCUGGAUGGCCCAUGACCUUCAGGAAAACCUCUCAUCUUGUGACAUAUCUUACUACUUUUGUGCUUCUUGGAAACAAUAG